UCGAUUAUUUAAUUUGGUAUCAUCUUGCAAAUUUACCCAAGGAGGUAGAGGAUUACCGAUGCAUGAUAUUCAUGAAUGCUCCUGCUUGAUAUGCUCAGUAUGAUCUAUCAAUAACGAGUCACAAAGUGAGUUAGUCUCUUUAUUUUAUGAUAUGUAUUGUGUGAAUUUUAAGUAAGAGUUAUUAAUAGCAAAUACGACAUUUAACAUCAAUCCGUGGAUACUUUUCAUGGUGAUAUUGGUGACAGAUUGGUUGGUGAUGUUUGUACCUUCAACCUAUUUUUAAGUUUUUACUGGUGAAGAACUCAAGACAAUGUCGUCUUCAUGCAUGAUAUUACGACGCAGUAUUGCGACUUCUUGCGUUUGUAAUGGAAAGCGGAAUUUUCGUAAAUUCCUAUUAUAUGGUAAACGUGGCAGUCGCAAUUUCAAAGAACAACAAAUGAAGAAUCCAGAUCCUUACAUACCAAUAGAUAAGAGAGGUGUAAGGGAUAUUGGAUACCAGAUUGGUGAUAAAUUUGUUACUGUGCCAGAGAUGAUUCCUGAAUUAAUUGUUCCUUCAUUAGAAGAUUUCAAAUUAAAGCCGUACGUAUCAUAUAGAGCGGAAGGGAUUACAGAGCCUGAAUUCACUGCUCAAGAUUUGUUUGAUGUAACAUAUUCUAAAAAGAUAAAAGAAGACUUUGCAAAUGGUCAGUUGGACGAUAAUGGGGAGCCGUUAAAUCCUAAUGAGUAUGAAAAACUCACGUCGCAGCAAGCCAAGGAGCAAGCUGGAAAAACGGGCUGUGAUCUUUUCUCUGAAAAGAAAAAAUUGUAAGUUCUGGUAGGCUUUUUAAUU